CUCCCUCAUCCUCCCAUCAUGUCACCUCCCCCUUCCCACAUCUCUGGUUGGCCAGCGUUUCCAGACGCUUAGCUCAGAGCACACAUCGUGAGAUUAAAUUGGAAGGGCGCUUGCGAGGAGGAGAAGGGACCUGGCGGUGCUGCUGCUGGAGUCCUCUCGCACAUCUGCGAACCGCACGGGCUGGCUGAGGAGAGGCCAUGAAGCCAGACAUCGUCACGGAGCAACCGGUGUCCGGGCUUGGUAGGGCCCAGCGCAAGAGCGUGACCGCCAUGGAGACGGCGGAACCUUCGGCCCUCCCUGGCGGAGCCAAGCCCAAGUCGGGGACCCUGGCAAACGCCGGGAAGGUGGCAAGCAGGGCUAGCUUGAGCCGGUCAUCCUCUGCCAGCAGCCAGAGUCGCACCGGGAAGACGUCUGGGACAGCAAAGGCGACCUCCACCAAGGCUAGGCCAGCAUCCAUGUCGCUCGGGGGCAGCAGAGGCCAGGUGGACGGUCAGGCCCCGCACGUCGGCGGCGAGAGCGGAGUGGACACCGCAGGCAAGAAGUCUUCGGUGAAGGAUGCUUCAUCCGCGGGGAAGGAUGGAGUCCCAAAGAAAAGCAGCAGUGUCAAGACCAGGAAGCCAAGGCCGGCUUCUGCUGUCAUGGAGACGCCCCCUUCAUCCGAGGCCUCAUCCAAUCCGAAGCCUCGCCCGUCCUCCAUGAUUGGCUCCCGGAGUCUCUCGGUGAAUAAGACAGUGGGCCGUCCUGGAAAAGCUGACACUUCUGGAGCCGUCGCCCUCGAGGGCAAUCAGAGGAAGUCCUCCGUGAGCAAAACGUCAUCCUCCAAGAGCGAGAUUAAACCAUCCAUCAAGAAACAGCCAUCGUCCUCCCCAGCCCCUUCCAAAGCUGCUGGAAAAUCAACCAAAGACAAAGCCAGCUCCAUAAAGAUCAAGAAAUCUUCGCAACCUUCCCCGAAGGCGUCCUCAACGAGCUCCCUACCCCCAAAGCCUGCCAAAAAACUCACGAGCAAGCCUGUCGCAGCCAGCGUAGCGGAUGACCCCAAGGUGAAGCCAGAGCAAGGCCCAAAGGUGAAGUCGGAUCAAGAUCGAAUCCAAGAGAUCGCCCCUGAAGCCCAUGUCGGUGAUGCUGAAGGCAAUGACGAUGCAGCCGACAUGAAGGAGGCUUGUGGAGAGGAGGUGCGGGGAGAGGAAGUUCGGGGCGUGAAAAUCGCUGAGGCUGUUGAGGAGAUGGAGGCUGGCGUCCUUGUGGAGGAGGCUGGGAGUCUUGACUCUGUUCCACCACUGGCUCGCGUCGUGUCUGAAGUCCACGCUGAUUCCGAAACGGACGAGAGUGUCCCCGAGGCAGAGGCUAAGGAUGCAGAAGACUGCGAAGAAAUGGACUGCAGGGAGGACAAGAUGAAGACGGAGGACGAGGAUGAUGAGGAGGAUGAAGACGACGAUGACGAUGAUGACAUGUAUGAGCGGGAGGAGACAUGUGAGGAGGCGGCGGAAGAGGACAUGGAUGAGUGCGACACGCAGCGCGAUGAUCCUGACACGGAGGCCUGUGAAAAGGAGAAGGAGGCUGAGGAAAAGGAGCAAAUGAGCGACGAUGACGAAGACGACGAUGAAGAAGAUUCUGAUGACGACGAGGAUGACAUCUUCUGUCAGGCAACGCUGAUUGUGAAGCCGAACGCACAAGGCAGCGGAAAAAGGGAGGGGCUGUGCCUGGCAGAGAUCGCGAGCAAUGAGAUCAUGGUGAGACGCAAGCCCAGGAGCCCCUCGCAGGAGAUCCCGAGCCCCCAGAUCGUGUGCGAGGAACGACUUGUGCAGUACGUGCUCUGCGAAAAUCCUGGCCCGGAGAAGACCAUGAAGGACAACUCGAACAGCAUGCUGAAGAGGGCCGAGAGCUUUGGGGAGAGGGACAAGGAAGGCCGCAAAUCACCGCAGAACAAGUGGGAGAAGGACUGCUGCGAGAAGGAGCUGAGCAUGAAGCAGGACAUGACGGAGGACGCCUCCUCCUCGGACGAGUCGACGGCUCGUGACGAGGACGACCUCCCCACAAUGACCGUGGAGCCAUGCAAGAUCAACGUGACGGUCAACAUGCUCCACCAGGAACUGUCCAACGGCGGCGGGAAAUCAGGGCGGCUGCUGCUGGACCUUGUUCACUCGGAAGACGACGACGAGUGGGUCGACCUGUCCAAUGAGACCUUCGAAGACUACGAGCAGUACGUGAGCGAGAAGGCCGCGGGCCACGGCCUCACCGAGUUUGACAAGAUCCUGGUCGAGCCCGACUCCUCCGUCGCACCAGAAAGGGCCGUGGAAGCGACGACGAGCGAUGGCGAUGCAGCCACGCCAUGUCGCGGGGUCGGGGCUCUCGAGGACCGGGCCUCCACCGUGCCGAUUGUUGCCGUGGGCCGGGUUCGUCCGCCCAAGCCGCCGGGGCCACACUUCCCGGGAGAAGCCGGUAACUACGUGAAGCUCGGGGCACGGUUCCAAGACGCGACUGCAUCGGGUGACGACACUUCCGAGAUGGCGGGCGGGCGCAGGUUCGUGGCUCGAUCGCCCGAGGCGGUGGCUGAGCGGCCCGUGGUGGAGGAGGAGAACGAGGGUGGCCCCAAGGUGGGCCCAGUCUUAGGCAAUGGCUGUCUGUCCCAGCAGCCCUUGGGCAUGGGGUUGGCAAAGGAGAAAGUGGUGGGCACGUCUCUCAACGUGCAACCCAAAGUCCACGCCGACUUCUGCCCUCCUCACAGCAACGACCCAACGCUCUUCAAGAUUCCCGGAGCCAACGGGAUGUUGCCUGAAAAGAUUCCCCUCAACGGCUCAAAGGAGAGCAGCAGCAUUUUUUCAGUGUGUCUCGGUGGAAACUGCCAGAAGGUGUUCCCCUGGGGUCCUCCCUGCAAAGCUCCCAUCUGAGUCCUACUCCGAUGAUCUGUGGUGAUAAUGAUACGGUGAUAGUGAUAAUAAUAAAAAUACAAAUGAAAGCUUAAGUCAAUGAAUUUACGUUAUCAAGUAAACCCAUCAUGUUCAACGGCUGCCGGUUGUCUCCUGAUUCAUAUGCACUGGGCUGUUUCUCUCCUUUCUCUCCCUUUGAUGCCAUUAUUGCCCCGACAACCUUAACGUGUCGGCGUUGUGCUCUCUACCAGUAAUAAUCCAAUCGGCAUUUACAAAUAUGUGGCAACGAGAUAAAGCCCCCGGGGGAACGGGGAGGAAGCGCCGAACGGUGCCAGUAUAAAACACAGCGUAUAUAUAUCAGUUGUCGUGAGCGUGUUAGUGUCUCACUCUUGCCAUCAUGCUUAGAGGAAAACAGCACGGGACACUCGUCGUCAUCAUCGUGCCGUGUGGGCCAGUGUUCACGGUCAAUGUACAGCGCAUGGCUUUUGGCAUUGACGAUCUCGCCCAUCGGCUGCGUGGAGGGCAUUUCCGCUCAGCUGCUUGCGCAAGCGCGCCGUGUCGAAGUGUCCCAGCGCAUGGCCAACUGUGACAACGGAUUUACAAGAUGUGUGGCGUAUACUGCUUUAAUCCUCAAGGAUUUAGAACACACGUGGCAAAAUGUGCCAAUGGGGAUUUAUUUCCAUUGCUGACUUAUAGGCUCAUUUAUUUGUGAAUUAUUUAUUACCUGCGUUUGCAUUAUUUAGUUCACUGGCGACUUUUACGGUGACAGUUGUUUUUUUUAUUUCAUAUUUUGUUGCUUGGCAACAAGUGUUCCGCCAUAAUGGACCAUUUCAGAUGACAGGCUUUUUCACAAUUCUUCAGUGUCCAAACACACUACAUAUUUUCUAUCGUAAAAAAAUGGUAUAAUUUAUUAACUUAAUCAUUGCGUUAUUUAUAUUGACAUGUGCUGCGGUUGCAUUUUGGAAAUACAUUAUUUGCCUUGAAGUUGUUGUUGUCCAGAGAGAUUGUUUUUUGUAAGAAAUGUGUCCUUAUCACCGACAGCAGUAAGAUAUCAAGUCCAAAAAAGACGUAUCUCAAUGUUAAAACACUGUGUUUAUCUUUCAAUGGUAAACCUCUAUUUAAAGGGCCAACCUUAGGGUCACUGUGUCCUGAGCAACAUACUAAUCUGAAUGCAUCCCCCCAAAACCAUAUUUUGUUUAUGUUACUCGACAGCCGAGUAAGAUAAAGGAAGUCUCAGGACUCAUUUUGAGGAUUAACUGGUUCUGGGAUGUUUGACGGAUAUGAGCGGCGAAUACUCAAACUUUACACGGCUGGAACAGAACCUCAUGGCUGUACUGCCUGCGAUUGGCCGUAUGAUUAUUAACAGUUGUGCACACUGUAUGAAAGAAAUUUUUCAUAAUUUAUAUAAUUCUGGUGUCCCCUUCACACAUGCUUGCUUUUUAAAUCAGCCUUCCCAAUUGUCUAGCCAAGUAUUCAUUUGUACAGGGACUCCUCUACUUACGAACGAGUUAGGUUCCAAGGGUCUGUUAGUAUGUCCAACUUCUGUCGAUUCCGAACAUGUUGUACGGGAUGUACACUGAACACAGGGAAUGGCUUUAAAAGUUGUAUAAUCUCCCGUAGAUGCAGAUGCCACUGGUUCUUCAUGUUCCACACAUGUAGAUGCCACCACCGCCAUCUAUCGCAACGGUGGUUGAACUUACGACUCUCGGUCCGAACAAGCAACUGGACAUACAGACAGGUUUGUUCGUAUCUCUGAAAGUUCAUAAGUCGACUGUUCGUAAGUAGAGGAGUCCCUAUAUAUUGUACAGCACAGAGACGCGUGCACGCCAUCUGACAAGGUGGCCCUGUGGUUAGAGUGCUGGACUCCUCGCUAAGGGAGAGGUUUUCGAGAGCGCAAAUGCAAGUUUUUUGGGGGGCCAGCUCAUUCUCUCACCCCCUCUCCAGGGUUUAUCAAAAUUAUCACCAAUUUCUUUUGGGAACUCAACAGUGGUGAAACCGUUGGAGGGACUGUCCUUUGCCGUGGAAAAGUGGAAUUUGUUUACCAUUGACGCGGAGCCGCCAACAGAAAUGAGUGCCAUCCCAUUGCUUAUUUGAGCAGGGAAACUGAUUUGUCUUACGUGAUAUGACAUACACACUCGACCUGACAUACACACUCGACCUGACAUACACACUCGACCUGCCAUACACACUCGACCUGACAUACACACUCGACCUGACAUACACACUCGACUUCACUUACACACUCGACUUUACUUGACCUGCCAUACACACUCGACCUGACAUUCACACUCGACCUGACAUACACACUCGACCUGACAUACACACUCGACCUGACUUACACACUCGACUUCACUUACACACUCGACUUUACUUACACACUUGACCUGACAUACACACUCGACCUGACAUUCACACUCGACCUGACUUACACACUCGACUUCAAUUACACACUCGACUUUACUUACACACUCGACCUGACAUACACACUCGACCUGCCAUACACACUUGACCUGACAUACACACUUGACCUGACUUAUACACUUGACCUGACAUACACACUCGACCUGACAUAUACACUUGACCUGACAUACACACUUGACCUGACAUAUACACUCCACCUGACUUACACACUCGACCUGACUUACACACUCGACCUGACUUAUACACUCGACUUUACUUACACACUCGACUUUACUUACACACUCGACCUGACUUACACACUCGACCUGACUUACGCACUCGACUGACAUACACACUCGACCUGACAUACACACUCAACCUGACUUAUGCACUUGACUUGACAUACACACUGAACUUGACAUACACGCUUGACCUGACAUACACACUCGACCUUACGUAAACAUUUGACUUGACAUACACACUCGAUCUGACUUAUACACUGGACCUGACAUACACACCAGACGGUUCAGUGAUCUCUCAUCUUGAACAGGAGACAGUGGCAGCCCACAUUGUACACGUCCCCCCUUGUGCACUGCACCUUUGUAAAGCUUUAAUGCAGCCACUGCCCUCUACAUUUCACUGCAUGCCCCCCCCCGCCACACGCGUCUUCCCCCCACCGCCCCCCGUUGUGACCAAAGGUCAGCCUCGUGGCCAUUGUAGAGCCGCGUUUGUGUUCGUGUUGACCCCUAUAACCGCAAAAAACUCCUUGAGCACUGCUAAUGUGAUCAUUCCUAAUUACCCGCGAUUAUUCCUAACUGCCGACUGGCACUGCCACGGAUAGGAAGGGCAAAAAAAAAAAAGAUAAACUGUCGGGCGGGACGUCUACCGUCAUUGUAGCCGAACCCUGCCGCGUAAAUUCGUUAAGUGUCCAAUAAAGAAGCCCUCGCUCGCAUCCCGUACCCCGACGGUGGUCUCCUGACGAGAGUCAGGCUCUGACGACAGGAGGGGGGGACUCGCCCCAAGCCGGUGGCUGCAUGUGAACGAGGGUGUGUGGGGGGUGGGGGAGUCCAGACGACAACGGUAAUCAGUCGCGGGUUCGCUUCUUUUAAAAUCUUCGCUCCCAUCGGCACGGGAAUGGCAAAGCGCGCGCGGCGCGGCGCGGCGCUGUGCGGGGUGGGGUGGGAGGUCUUUGGCAGAAACGCGCGCGGCGUUUGAGACGGGUCGACCGCCCGACUUGUCCCCGCGUUGGCGUUAACGACGAUCCGAGUGCGGAGAGACCGGCCACGGCAUCAACUGGAGAACGUCGCCACUUUCUCUCUCUCGCUCUCGCUCUGUGUGCUUGGAUUUGUGCCACAAUUCUGCAUCGAUAUGCAGCGCGCGUAAUUUGUAAGGCAUCUGAUUUGCAAGGCUCGUAGGUGUUAAAGGCAGUAAUUAUAAAAUUACAUUUAGGUCUAUGGGAGCACUUGGAUAAAAAUGUCUUUUAAAAAAGAAAUGCGAACAUUUGCGUCAGAAAAUUAUGCAAAGGUGUCAGUUAAAUAAUAUGCCUUGUCAACAUAAAAAAAAUUCUCAUCGGGCACUAUAGAGUUUUUUUGUUUAAAGAUCAGUUGCUAUUUUUGGACAUAUGUAGCCACAUUGAGGUUUCAGUCCAAGAAUUAGAACAAAAAUAACCAAAAUCUGCCAAUCAGAUGAGCUUACCUCCUCCAACUGAGCUGUGUUGAUCUGUCUUUGUUCUAAAGCGUAGUUCUAAUCGGCAGACAGGCAAUGAGAUAGUGCCUGGUUCUUUGACGGGAACACACAAAUGUUGUUGAUUUACCAAAGUGAGAAUGCUUUGAGUUUCCGCGUCACGCAUGCAUGCUCGCAUUCGUAUAUUGUACUGUGUGCAAGCCCACGGUUACAGAUACUUGCGAGCUGGUUCAACAUAGACUGUGACUGAAGGGAAUCUUCCUCGAAUUUACAGAAGUUGAUGUUACUACCUGGUGCAGAUUUGCGGGUGAGGUCUCAAUGAAAUGUUUGUUUGUAUUGUUAUGCACUGUUCGACCUUAUGCAUACGUUGUUUUUUUUCACGGCACAUUUUCUGACGCUUGCCGUAACUUGCGUUGCUGUAUGCACUUUGUAGCGGAACUUUCACGCGUGUCGUCAUUGUCAUUUAUUAGCACCACCAGCCACUUACUCCAAGCAGUUGCAAUUUGAUUGAUUGUCACGGAUUUGAUCGCCGCUGUUCAGUAACGCAUUUUAACAUCAUCAUCGUCGCUGUUGCCAGUACAUGAGUGGCCUGUGGCCGUAACAAUUGCGACCGUGUCCAUUGCCAUCGUCCGUCGGCCACCUCGUCAUCAUAAAUGUGACUGAGUAGUGGAAUUUGCUUGGUAGGACCUGCAAAAGUUACGCGUUCGGAACGGGAGGGAUGUCUUUAAAAGUUUCAAAAGCAUCAUAAUAUCAGUGCAGGCAGCAACCAUAUAUCAAGGAAUAAAUAAAUCUGUCUCCGUGUUCACUGACAGAUGCCGUCUCGCGGCUGUUCGUGAUUGACUCGUGUGUACUGGACAUUACACAUCUGGACGGUGAAGCAAAGUGAUUGAUUGUUUUAGGCGUAAACAAAGCAUGCUAUGCCCUGUGCAGUACGCCGAGAUAUGGAUAAACAGUACACGUACACACAUAUACAUAUAUAUCUCACACGUACACGGUAUAUAUAUUUUUCUGUUGCGUAGUGUGCGAGUGGAUUCCUCGUUAUAUCCUCGUGUAUCUCCUAUAGUCGAUGUGCAUCCACCCGUGCGGCGAGGGCGUGCGUGCGUGCGUGCGCUGCCUGGCUCUGCAAGCCGCCGUUGUGUGAGCUUGUGCGAUUGUGCGUGUUCGCCUGUAGACGUGACAGUGUGUGACGUGCACAUUGCAUUACAAUAAAAACGUACGAGA